AUGGUUUCAAUAUGUCCAACAGUUGCCACACCCAAAGAGUCUCAAGGGUGGUCAUUGGUUCUUAAAGACCCUCCUUACUCUGAUCUUACUUAUUUCUUGCUGGACAGACUGGUGGUGCAGGUUUCAUGUGUCGUGCAACCAAGCUUUGUGCUUACAAAACCGUAUGGAACUCAGGUGAGAGAAGCAGAGCAGGAGAAGUCACCAGCAGCAAUGGGGGUGAAGACCUGUCUCCGCUCCUUCUUCCUGCUGAGCCUCGGAUACAGCCUUUGCAUGGCUGGUGUCCCAGGAACAGAAUUUGUCACUGUCUUUAUCCAGAACACCAACUACCAGACUGGGUACCCAGAUCUCCAGCUGAUUAUCACUGCCCAUUCCCCCUCUACCACUGUUACUGUUAGAGUCAAUAAAUACAACUUUAAAAAAGUAGUCAAGCUGGAUAAAGGGGAAGAGACCACAGUGGCACUGCCAAACAAAAUACAGGCGCAACCAGGCAUCUCUUUUCCCUAUUCCGUUAUUGUGAUGUCAGACAAUCCCGUAUCCGUCGUCUCUCGGAACACGAAGAGAGGAACCUCCGACACGGCAUCUCUCUAUCCAGUUGAGGAACUUGGUACUGAGUAUUAUGUAUUUACGCCACCAAGAGGUCCAACGGGUUCCUACAAAGAGUUUGCUGUAGUAACAAAAGAGCCAACCACCGUAACUAUAUCCCUUACUGGAUCGGUUACCUUCCAAAAUCGACGUUAUAGUAAAGGGAGCAAACUUACCCUGACCCUUGAACCUUUUGAAUCUGUGGCACUUCAGAGUGAAGAUGACCUAACUGGCACCAAAGUUGUCUCAAUUAAGCCAGUGGCUGUCCUCAGUGGUCACUCGUGUGCCACCCUGCAGACUAGGUGCAGCCACGUCUACGAGCAACUCCAGCCUGUGCCUAUGUGGGGAAGCACUUACCUUAUUGCACCUAUUGCUUUUAAGACCUCAUAUGAUCUGGUUUAUGUGACGGCUGCAGAAAAAACACAUUUGACAUAUCAGAUUGAGGAUGAGAAGGAAACCUAUAAACUGCUUGAAGGAGAGUCCCUUGAAAUUGAGCUCAAGCCAAAUGCACCAAUUUUUUUAAGCUCAUCAGAGGGCAUUCAGGUCUUUUUAUUCUCAGCAGGGGGUAGACAAGACACAAGAGUAUUCGACACCUUUCUACUGGGUGUCCCAGAUGUAUCAUCAUUUUGUACUUCCUACCAAGCUGUAGGCAAAGACACACCCAACAAUCUAGCCUUCGCUGUAGCAAAAACAUCAUCGUUGCAAGGAAUAACUGUGGAUAAACAACCUCUGAAGGAACCCAAUUGGCAGAAAAUCGAUGGAACUGAGUACUCAUGGGGAAGUCUCCAGUUGGACUCCAAUGAUAGAAAUUAUAUGGUUGAAAGCAAAAACAACACCUUUGGACUCAUCGUGGUUGGCGUUUCUCAAACAAAUGUCUAUGGAGAGGUUGCUACAUGUGUUGGUGGAUCCACCAGGCAAUCGUGCAGUCUCCUUAAAUGUAGAAAAUUCGAGACCUGCAAAAUCGUUCAUGGCCGAGCCUUAUGUAUUGCAAAUGGUGAAGCUGUGUGUUGGGCAUGGGGCGACCCACAUUACCACACUUUCGAUUCAAAAAACUACGACUUUCAAGGAACGUGUUCCUACACAAUGGCCACAACCUGCGGAACAGACCCAGACUUAGCUCCUUUCAACAUAGAGACGACCAAUGAGAACAGAGGCUCUUCUCUUGUGUCCUACAUUAGCAAUGCUCUUAUCCAGGUCUAUGGAUACAAUAUUUCCAGCUACAGGUCAGAAAUUGGCGUAGUAAGGGUGAAUAACCAAAGGUUCCAGCUUCCAGUCACACUGCAGGAUGGAAAUCUGAUGAUGUUCCAGAGCGGAUCCUUACUUGUUCUUGUUACUGAUUUUGGACUAAGAGUAUUCUACGACUGGAACAUGCUCUUCAAAAUUUACCUCCCAAGCAGCUACUCUGAGAAAGUGUGUGGCUUAUGUGGCAAUUUCAAUGAUAUCCCUGGAGAUGACCUCUUCUCCCAAGACCAUGUCUCUCUAGAUCCUAUUGAGUAUGGGAAACUGUGGAAGGUGCAAAGCAGCAGUCCCAGUACAUGCUGGGAUGACUGUCAUGGGCCAUGCAAAAAAUGUUCUCCUUCAGAAAAGCAGAAAUAUGGUGACGUGUCCUUAUGUGGUAUAAUUGUUUUAAGGGAAAAUGGGCCCUUUAGAUUAUGCCAUGAAACUAUUGACCCAAAAAUUUACUUGGACAACUGUAUCUAUGACCUCUGCCUAAAUGACGGCUUCCAACAGAUCUUGUGUCAAACCCUAAAGACUUACAGUGAUUCCUGCCGAAGGGAGAAUGUCCCAGUGUUUGAAUGGAGAAAUGCUACAGGAUGCAAUUUGGAAUGCCAGCCCAACAGUGUUUAUAAGUUCUGUGGGAGCGCAUGCCCGGCCACCUGUGAGGAUCCAGAUGCCCCAUCAAAAUGCACUGAGCCCUGUAUCGAGACUUGCGAGUGUGAUGCAGGGUUUGUUAUGAUUGAAGGAAAGUGCACGCCGAAAGAAAAUUGCGGCUGCUUUUAUCAAGGACAUUUCGUUGCCCCUAACCAGACGUUCUGGGCUGAUACUGGAUGCAAGCAGCGCUGUACCUGUGAUGCAAAGAGCCGCACUGUGACCUGUAAAAAGAAUGGAUGUAGAAGUGGAGAGGAGUGCACGGUAAAAAAUGGCAUUCAAGACUGCUACGCAAUCACUUACGGCCAGUGCUCUGCAUCCGGUGACCCUCACUAUAUCACAUAUGAUGGCCUGCACUAUAACUUCCAGGGGACCUGCCAGUACAAGCUUUCAGGACUUUGUAACAAGAACAAGGGGCUGACUGAUUUCCAGGUUAACGUGCGCAACCAAAAUCGGGGAAGCCGGGCUGUCUCCUACAUCACAGCUGUUAAUCUGACCAUUUAUUCCAUGGAAAUCCAAAUGCGCAGGGACUUUCCUGAUCAAGUACUGGUCGAUGGUAUAUUGUCAAAUCUUCCUCUGACUCUGAGCUCUGGCCGUAUCACUGUGUUCCGUUCUGGACAACACUGUAUCAUUCAGUCACAGCUUGGACUUCGUGUUGCUUUUGACUGGGAUGCACGUGUUGCCGUCACGGUUCCAUCAUCUUACGCUGGGUCUGUUUGUGGCCUUUGCGGAAAUUACAACAACCAGCCUGAUGAUGACUUGAUGACCCAGGGUGGAACAAUUACAACUGACUCAAUUGAAUUUGGAAAUAGCUGGAAAGUAGCUGACUUACCAGGUUGUUCUGGAGGUGCCCCUGAAAACUGUAACCUAACUGCUCUGGUAAAAGAACAAAGGAAAACCAAAAAAGAUUGUGGAAUGAUUUUGGAUAAGAAUGGCCCUUUCAGAGAUUGUCAUGCAGUCAUCCCACCUGAAGAUUAUUUCCUGGACUGUGUCUUUGAUAUGUGUUCUUAUGGAAAACGAGAAGAUAUCAGCUGUCGCCUUAUCACUGGAUACACCUCUGUAUGUCAAGAAGCUGGAGCCACAGUCUAUCCAUGGAGAUCGGAAGAGUUCUGCAAGCUUCCAUGUAACGACAACAGUCACUACAACGUUUGCACAAAUGGGUGUCCAUCCACCUGUCUUUCUCUGAUGUCAUCUACAAACUGCGACAUUAAGUGCCAGGAAGGCUGCGCCUGUAAUGUUGGUUAUGUGCUGAGCGGUGGCUAUUGUGUUCCUUUGUCUGACUGCGGCUGUACUUAUAGUGGAAAGUACUAUAAACCUGACGAGGUCUUCUUCCCAGAAGACAAUUGUGACAAAAAGUGCACUUGCGCAUUUGGCGGCGUAGUGACUUGUUCAUCCUUUUCUUGUGAUCCAUAUGAAGAGUGCCGUGUAGAAAAAGGAGUUCAAAGCUGUCAACCAAUUGGAUCAUCCACGUGCUCUGUUGUAGGGGAAGGCAGCUACUGGACUUUUGAUAAUCAGAAAUUUGAGUUCUACGGAAAUUGUUCCUAUAUUUUAUCAAAGUCCUGUCUACCUGAUGGAUCUAAGCUUACUCCAUAUGUCAUCCAUUUGCAAAAUCAAGAACUGGUUACCGGUGGUGUGAGCAAGAGACAGGUCCUAACGUUGGAGGCCUAUGGGUAUAACGUCACUAUUUAUGUUAAGUCUGAAAUCAAAAUGCUGGUAAAUGGGAUUCUUCAAAAUCUUCCCUUUGAUCUUGACUCUGGGAAGCUGAAAGGAGACCAUCAAGGCUUAGGGGUAGUCCUUCGUGCUGACUUUGGCUUGGUGAUAACUUCUGACUUCUCAAUUCAUGUAACAGUGCCUGGAAACUAUCAUAACUAUACGUGCGGUCUAUGUGGUGAUUACAAUGAGAACCCUCAAGAUGAUAUCAGCCCAGCUGAUGAUGUUGUCACUUUUGCUGAUUCUUGGAAGGACUCAGAUUCCGACAAUUUCUGCGGUACCAGUGAGUUAUGUACUGGAGAGAAUCAAACCUGCCCUAUUUGCCCCUCGAAAAAAGCAAAGAUCUUGAAAGGAGAAAACUACUGUGGUAUUCUUGUGAAAUCGGAUGGCCCAUUUGCAGCCUGCCAUGGAACAAUCGAUCCUAAGAUGUAUCGUGCCAGCUGUGUGAAUUCCCUUUGUGAUGGAACUGGAGACCUUUGCUUGAUCCUUCAGAACUAUGUAGCAUUGUGUCAGGCCUCUGGGGUUCAAAUCAAUUCAUGGAGAACUCCAAGUUUUUGUCCACUCACCUGCCCAGUGAACAGCCAUUUUGAAUCCUGCGUUGAUCUCUGUACAACCAGUUGCUCGUCGCUCUACGACACCUCAAUCUGCCCAACAUCCUGCUCAGAGGGUUGUGAAUGUGAUGAUGGAUAUUUAUUCCAGGGUGGACAGUGUGUACCCCCAAAACAAUGCGGCUGCUACAUGAGUAAUUCUUACUACAAGGCAAAUCAAACUAUUAUUUCACAAGACUGCACUCAGACGUGCACUUGCUAUUCCAACAGAGGCAUGAUCUGUGACCCCUACAGCUGUGGCCCCAAGGAAGUAUGCACCAUCAUAGAUGGAGUUGUUGGAUGCAUUAAUGUGGAUCCAUGCAAGUCUGUUACAUGCAGAACUAAAGAAACAUGCAAAGUUCAAGAUGGAAAUCCAGUGUGUGUCCCUGAUUAUAAAGGUGUGUGCUUGGCUUGGGGUGCACCACACUAUCAAACCUAUGACAACUUCAACUUUCAGUUUGAGGGUACCUGCACAUAUGUCCUGACCGAGUACAUUGGUGAAGAUGCAACCUUAGUCCCUUUCCGGAUAGAGGAACAGAAGGAGAACCGGGGGAGUCCAAUAAUCUCCUUUAUCAGGCAGAUUGAUGUCUUUGUGUAUGACUACAAGAUUUCUAUUGUGAAAGGCGAAUUUGGCAAAGUCAGGGUAAAUAAUGAAAUUGCCAACACCCCAGUGACUUUGCUGGAUGGAAAGGUUUCAAUAACAUUCAGUGGAUCUGACGCUAUAUUGAACACAGAUUUUAGCCUUCAGAUGACCUAUGAUUAUAACACCAAAGUGGUGGUCUCAAUCCCCAGCAGUUACCAUGCAAGCACUGGAGGUCUCUGUGGAAACUUCAACCAAGACCCUGAUGAUGAAAAAAUCACCUCAGAUAAUGAACCAGUAGUAUCUGUAACAGAGUGGGCCAAGAGCUGGAAAGUGAAUAAAAAUGAUUCAUUCUGUUGGGACACCUGUGAAGGGAACUGCACCACCUGUGAUGACAAUAUGAUUAGUCGGUAUUCACAGGAAGACUCAUGUGGUCUCCUCAACAAUACUAUCAAUGGGCCUUUCAGAGAAUGCCACUCCAUAAUUAACCCAGAGAAGUUCUUCAGUAACUGCUUAUAUGAUCUUUGCAAUAAUGGUCAAGCUCUGAACCUUCACUGUACCACCAUUCAGUCCUAUGCUGACGUGUGUAGAUGGCAAGGAGUCACCAUUUAUGAUUGGAGAACUUCCUCUGGAUGCCUCUUCCCAUGUCCUGAGAACAGUCACUAUGAAGUCUGUGGCACUGCUUGUCCAGCCAGUUGCUUUGACAGAAAUGCUCCAGACAGAUGUACAGAAGCUUGCGCGGAGACCUGCCAGUGCAAUGACGGAUUCAUCCUCAGCGCUGGCAAAUGUGUGCCCUUAACAAGCUGUGGGUGCAGCCAAAAUGGAUUUUAUUACCAACCCAACCAGGAGUUUUGGAAUGAUGACAAAUGUAGUGUUCACUGUAAAUGUAACUCUCUUCUGGGAUUGGUGGACUGCAAAGAGUCCAGCUGCAAAUCUGGUGAAAGAUGUAUGCUGGUUGAUGGUGUCCAAGGAUGUUAUCCUGAAAACUACACAACCUGUGUAUCAUCUGGUGACCCCCAUUACACAACGUUUGAUGGAAGGAAAUAUGACUUCAUGGGAACCUGCAUAUACCAGCUUGCCGGAGUCUGCUCCAAUGACCCAACUCUCACACCGUUCCAGGUUAAUGUUCAGAAUGAGGCAAGAGGCAGGAAAAGUGUGUCCUACACAAAAGCCCUGACUCUGCAGGUUUACGGCCAGAACAUCACUUUAACUAGAAAUUAUCCUCUUCAGAUCCAGGUCAAUGGUGUUGUCAAGUCUUUGCCUUUUGCCUACAAAACAAAUAAAAUUAAGGCAUUUAUGAGGGGUGAGCAUUGUUUUGUCAGAACUGAUUUUGAUGUCACUGUCAAUUUCAACUGGGAUAAUUAUGCUCGAGUCAUGCUGCCCAGUCGCUAUAUUGGCGCUGUGUGUGGUUUGUGUGGGAACAACAAUAAUGAUCCAAAGGAUGAUAUCCCUGUGACCGAUGAUGAUCAGGUACCUGACAGUUUUGGAAAUAUGUGGAAAGUGGGAGAAGUUCCAGAAUGCACCUCUGGGUGCCAUGAGAAGUGCCCUAAGUGUAGUGAAAAAGAUGCCAUUAAGUACAAGGAUGAAAAGUAUUGUGGGAUCCUCAACAAAGUCGAUGGACCUUUCAAGGAAUGCUAUGAGGUCAUUGAUCCAACAUCCUACCUAACUGAAUGUGUGUAUGACAGCUGUCAGUACAAAGGUUUUUAUUCAGCCGUGUGUAAUGCCAUUGCUCUCUAUGCCUCUCACUGUCAAGAAAAAGGAGUCAAGAUUGAACAAUGGAGAACACCUACAUUUUGCAGUCCCACCUGUCCUCCAAACAGCCACUAUGAGAUGUGUGGCAGUGGAUGCCAGGCUACAUGCGCUAGUCUUUUUACUUCUGAGGACUGUGAAAAAUCCUGCACUGAAGGAUGUUAUUGUGACAGUGGUUUCAUAAUGAGCGGAGGUCAGUGUGUUCCCUUUAGCGAAUGUGGCUGCGUUUUCAGAGAAGUUUAUUAUAAGAAAGGGGAAGAAUUUUACCCUGAUGGAGAUUGCAAACAGUACUGCCGCUGUUUGGAGAAUGGAGAAGUCCAAUGCCAGGAGAAAAAGUGUGGCGCCAAUGAAGAAUGCACAGUGGUCAAUGGAGUCCAAGCUUGCUAUUCCACCUUCAAAGGAACCUGUGUAGUGUCGGGCAGCACUCACUACAGCUCUUUUGAUGGUCUUUCUUACAACUUCCAAGGGUCAUGUUCCUACACCCUUACUGAGGUCUGCAGAGGUGACUUGGCCCUAGCGAACUUUUCCAUUACUGUAGAGAAUGAAAAAAACAAGCAAAGUAACCAAGCUGUUAUAAGGUCUGUUAGUGUCAACAUUUAUGGAACUGAGAUCGUCUUAAUGAAGGACACACCAUGGACAGUACAGAUCAAUGAUGAAGCUAAUAUCUUGCCCCUUACUCUUGAGAAUGAAAAGAUACAUAUUAAUCCCGAGGGCUCUAACAUACUGAUUCAGACUGACUUUGACCUAACAGUUUUAUACAAUACCCUGGGUUCUGUUCAAAUAACGCUUCCAGGUGAUUACCAGGACACCCUGUGUGGACUUUGUGGUGAUUUUAAUGGCCAGUCAAAUGAUGAUUUCCGUUUGCCUUCUGGGCAGCUAACUGACAGUUUGGAGGAAUUUGGAAAAGCCUGGAAAACAAAUCUGGAAAAAUCAGAUUGUGAUAAUAUCUGCAAAGAAAAGUGCAAUGGUUGUGACCCAUUGAGGGCUGCCAUAUUUGGAAGGGAUGAGGCAUGCGGGCAGAUACUCCUUGAAACUGGGCCAUUUGCUGAUUGCAAGGAACUAGUGAACAUAACGGAAUACUUUGACCAUUGUCUGUUUGAUAUGUGCACUAGUGAUGGUCAAAACCAGAUUCUGUGUGACAGCCUCCAGGCUUUUGCCACAGCAUGCCAGGCAGCUGGAGCCAAGAUUAGACCUUGGAGAACAUCUACUUUCUGUCCUCUUUCCUGUCCACAGCAAAGUCACUAUGAGGUUUGCACCCACACUUGUGAUGGCUCCUGUUCUGCAAUUACUGUAUCAGGAUCAUGUUCAGAGAGAUGCUUUGAGGGAUGUGAAUGUGACAAAGAAUAUAUGUUUGAUGGUGGAAAAUGUGUCCCAAUGGAAAAAUGCGGCUGUGUUUACAAUGGAAGAUACUUAAGUGCUGGAGAUGCUGUACUUUCCCCUGACUGUCUUCAAAGAUGCACUUGUGAAAAUGGUGGCGUUGUCGUGUGCACAAACUUCUCCUGUUCCGACACACAGUACUGUGAGCUACAGAAUGGAGAGCGAGCCUGCUAUGAAAAACACGGCACUUGUUCCAUCGACGUUGAGGGUGGCAUGAUCACAUUUGACAAGUUCUCUGGCCAAGUUCCUCCUAACCAUAUCUUUGACUUUGCUUCAGUGUGUAACGUUGAUCUCGAUGCCUGGUUCAGAGUGGUGGUGAUUACCCAAAGCUGCAGUGGAAAUGGAGGUUUUGAUGUAUCAGCAGUUCAUGCUUAUUUCCAAAGUGUAUCAAUUGCAAUAACGCCUAAUGGAGAAGCCUGGGUGAAUGGACGAAAAGUUGCCGUACCCACUCACUUACCUGGAUCUCUGUCAGUUGACUUGGUGGAGGAAUCUACAGUAAUAAAGAAUGGAGAAGACAUGGAACUUGUUAUGGAUAAAAAUGGAGGUCUGACCCUGAAUGUGAGCCCAGAACUUUCUGGUUCAAUGUGUGGCGCUUGUGGAAACUUCAACAAAAAAAGAUCGGAUGAUCUGCAGGGACCAGACGCUAAACUUACUGUUAACUUUGUGGAGCUUAUUGAAUCUUGGAGAUCUCAUGACUUCUACAAAUGUGAGCUGUGAAACUUGUAUCUCUUCACUCUUGAAGAAAGGACCAAUGGCAAAGUUUAAUCUUGAUCCAAUAAAAGUGCAUUGAAUAUAUUAAGCAUGUCUUUGUGUUUUUACUUUAAUGGGGUGGGGAAAGCCAAAGGUAAAAUGAAAAAAACUAUUUUUUAUCCUUUUACUUUGCAAGCAAAUGUCUGACCGGAACCAAUGACUAACAGUUUGAGUUUUUUGCAAAUUGAAAUAAAAUUGGGGUUUAACUAGAAUGCACAGUACAGUCAACUGUUUUUAUUGUCUUCUUUUUAUUUCAUUAAAUGUUUUGUUAAAACAACAGAAAA